AUUCUGUAGCAUAUAAAAAUACUGUGUUAGCAGACACUGAAACUUAUAAAGUAAUGUAAAGUAAACAUGAAAAAAGGCGGAUCAGCUCAUAGUGCUCGACUUCAAGCGUAGAUGCAGAGACCAACAAAGGCUUCUCGGCUACACGAUGUGUGAAGCACACUUCUAAGCCCCCUGAGAUCUCCUGUUUUCUAAGAAUCCUGUGGUCUUGUUCCCUCUGUUGCUCAGAUCUCAGACCCCCGUAAAGCUGUAGGCCACCCACAUCCUCUCACUUUAGGACCCCCGCUAGACCAUUCUGCACCCCAACCUUUAAUACAACCUUUAGAUCAUUUACAAGAUCUUUAGGACUUUGGAGCACUACUAAUGGACAUUUGUCUGUAAAAUGAAGUUACGUAGUUUGAGUUUUUUGUCUAAAACGUGUGAUAUUCAGACAAAAUAAAUCAGACUUGUUACUUAUAUUUUCCCAGCUAAAUGAUAGAAUUUCAACUUUUGUGUUUUUCAUUGCAUUAAUAUUUACGGUAGCUUGCAUGAGACAAACGAUCAGAUGUCUGAUUAAUAGUAUUAGUCAUCAAUUCUAUUUAUAUAGCAUUCAUCAGUGCAGGAAGCACACAGGAUAGUACAAACACAGAAGUUAAUACAUCGGUACAAUGAUUAAAUAAAACUGAAACACUGGUUAAAAGUAGCAAAAUAAAAAGUGCCACUACACCAGUCAUGUAAACCAUCAGCGGGGAAUGCUGCACAGAAAAAAAUUGGCCUUUACGCUAAAAUUUAAACACAGAGAAGGACCCAGCCUGACAUUCACGGGCAACUACUAUCUUAUAAUGCCAAGAACUCAAAGACCUGUUCACUUAUAGACUUUGUAAAUGGGGUACGAUUAAAAGCUCUUAUUCAGCCGAUUGUGAACACCAAGCUGGGGGGUAUACCUUCUUAAAAAGCUCUAAUAAUAAUACUCAUGACCUAUGAAAGCAACAGUUCUUCACUGCUUUCGUUCAAACUGGAAUGAAACACAAAAAUGAAGCCACAGUCAAUCUGUUUAUGUAGCCUAAAGGUAAAACUGUAAGGACAUAAAAAUAUGGCCAAAGGAAGUUACUAAAAUGGUCAGGUGUUAGGAUUUAAUGUGGUUGUGUGUAGUUCCAAAGUAUUUUAAACUUUGGGUCCACUUGAAUGUUUUGGAGGAUUUAGUGUGUUUUUUGGCGACGACAGCAGAAACAGUGUUGGGUUUGCUAUAGUCGCACAUAAACGAUGGACACUUUGCAGAAAUUUCAAACAGACUUUAUCUGUUGACUUUUCAUGCAGCGUGUCGAGCUGCAGGAUGAUCUGAUUACACACAGUGUUGUUGCUGAUUUAAUACGUGUGUCGGGGGCUACGUGCUUCUCUAAAUGUUUCCUCUACUUAUUAUCACUUCUAAAAUAUGUUUAAAUGGUGAACUGAGACACUAGUACAUAUUUAACAGCAAAGCAUAUUUUAAAAAUAAAUAUCUCUAAUUGGUUCCUGGAAGUUGAUCCGUAUUGGAACAUGAAUUUUCUUCCUCGCCUGCCGUCGCUCCCCUCUGAGACUCGAAGCUGCUCCGCUGCACUGUAGGUCACACACCUGGGGCGAGACCACAGCCCUGCAAACUGCUGCUGUGGGAAUAAACAACUUCAUGUUUUGAUUUUUUUUAUAUGUGGCCAACGCUCAUGAAGCAUCUUUUCAUCAGGCUGCUCUUUGUGAAACCAGUCGUUUGUCAGGAACCCAUCAGAGUUGUUUUCUUUACGUACAAAUGCAAACAUUUACACCCUAAUCUGCAGAUGUUCAUCAGCGUUUCAAACCAUUUCAGAUACUUUUCAGUUUAAAAUUCAAAGAACUUACCCAUUUCAACACUUACACGUGACUAACGAGCUCAAAAUGUAGCUCUCAAGUAUGAAUUUCCGAUUAAAGUUGGCUCAUACGUUUGGAGCCAACCUGAUAGGUCCCGUGUGUGUCACAUUGGGGUGGUACCUUAAAGACUAAAGGCCCUGUCAGCACAGGUCCUCCCAUCUUUUCUGACAGACAGAUAACAGGAACAGAAAGUAACAGCACCUUCCUUCAGCAUCACACACACUUAAACACACUGGCGACUUGACAAAAUGAUCCGUCUGCAGCAGGCGUGGAUUCUACUGAUGGUAUCCUCAUGGACGUUGGGUUCGAGCCAGAUGCUUCAACAAGAUCCCGUCAAAGUUCUUUACCCAGAGAUCUUGAGUAAUGAGACCAUUGAGUGUAAAUGUCGUGACAUCUCCUGUAACGUAGUCUUCUGGUUUCGUACCGUUCCCAGCAAGGAUCAAGUAGAGUUUAUAGGGAAAUGCAACAAUGCGGACCGUACUAGCUGGGGAGCUGUGGACCAUUCACGUUUUAAACUCAGCAAGAGAGGCAUGUCAACCUUUCUGCUGCGCAUCCACAAUGUCACAGAGGAGGACGCGGGGAUUUAUUCCUGCAUCCCAAGAGACGAGAGAGGCUCGGUAGAAGUGUUUCACCCAGGAGUUUUGCUACAGCCUGGAGUGACCCCUCCAACAUCUCCUCCACCCAAGGUCCAGCAUAAACCACGUCACUGUCCCUGUUCCUCAAAGAAUCAACCUACGAGUGGUUGCCACUCCCUGGUUCUGUGGCCACUCGUUGGACUUAUUUCGAGCUUGUCUCUGGGUCUGGUCUGCACGCUGCAUUACUUCAGUCGACUACCCAAGAAAUGUCAUCACCACUUUAUGAAGAAAAGGCCGAUGUAAAUAAAGCUUUUAUUGGACUAAUUACGUUGAAGCGGUUUAACGGAGCAGCGAGUCUCGUGGGGCUCCAACAUCAUGAAGAUCUUCUCAUGUUGAUUUACAGUGAAACGUGUCUGCAGCCAGAGAGCUGCAGCAGUGUAACAUACUGUGAUAUAAAAACAAACUUUUGUUUUAUGUUUCAUAAACCUGGACUCCCAUCAGCUGCACUGUCACAUUUCAGACAGACUACUUUUGUAGCUGGUCAUAGUUAACUGAGAUGAAGUGGGUUUAUUCUUUCUCAAAUUAUUUUAAGAACUAAUUUUUUCAACAAGUCAAAAUCAGUUAAUUUCCUAAAAAAAUAACUGAAACAUAUUCCGAAAAGCUUAUUUUCUAGAUUGUUUGCUCUUUUCUGUAUAUAUUUUGCACUUUUGCAAAAAUAGACGUUAAGAAAAAAGCAUAUUUUGGUUACGCUUCCUAUUACAGCCCCCUAAUUACUAAGUACUUACAUGGUAAUUACAUUGUAUGUUACAGUGUAUUAUUGUUUCUGAGUUCUUAAACAGUUAUUACCAUGUAACUCAGGUUCAAUUCCAGUUUUUAUUUUAUUAAUUCCCAGUAAAAACUGCUUCACAAUAAUUACACUUUAUUACAAUUGUACUCUUAAAUUACACAAUAAUAAACUUUAACUUACUAUGUAAUUACCAGUAAUUAGGGGACUGUAAAAGGAAACGUUACCAUAUUUUUCAUUUUUCAUGACUAUAAUUAUGUUUAAUCAAUAAAGUUGUGUUUUCUUAAGAAACCAUGGAGUUGUAUUUUUAACCAGAUAAAACUCCAAGAUGGUGUCACCUACGGUGAUAUUCAGGGGCCUUUGGUGGUCUCAUCGUAGAGACUAACAGUUACAAAUUAGAGGUCAGCUGAUGCUCCUGUUUCCAUGAGUUUUGCGCAGAUGACUGAGGUUCUGCUUUAAAGUGUGUGUUGAUGCACGCGCGUGUGUGUGGACAGGUUUGGGAGUGGGAGUUGUACUUCCAUUGUCAAUAUUGUGUUCAGCGGAAGGUGAGUAGGUGAGUGACAGGGGUUCGGUUUCUUCCUUUAGUUUUGAUCUGUGAACUUGCAUCAUAUUCAGUUUCUGUCUAAACCGUCUCCUUUCAUGUGCAAACAGACAUUUGGGUUUUAAUCCUAAAAUACGGGCAGCGUUUACAGCGAUGCGUGGCUGCAGUCUAAUUAGUCAUGCAGCUCAGGCUCACACCUGUGUGUGUAUGAGUGCAAACACUGGAGGGAGUUUGUGGCUGUGCGGGUCUCUGGGAGUGUGCGCUGCUCCUUCCUGUGUGCUGGAGACAAAGAGCCAUGUUCACUCAGAUGCCAUCGCAUCGCUAAGCUUUGAGCUCUUCAUCUCGUCUCUGAAACAAAACGACCACGAGAGAAACCACAAACUGAACCACAAGCACUGAGAGGCAGAGACGGUAAGAGAAAGACACGAGGAAGUCUCAAGAGGUUAAGAAAAACUAGAGAAAACAAUGUUAUAAUGAAUAUAAAACCCAUGAUUCUUGUUUUAAUUCAUUAUAAACAAAAAAUCAGAUCAGAUGCAUUUCAAAUCAUUCUCAUGCGAGAGUUCAUAUAAUUUAAUUUCACUAAAAUCCUGUUGUGAAAAAUAAAAACCAGAGAAUCAUAAUGAAAAAUACAUUUUACUUAAAUACCGGUAGUUAUUAAAUCCAAGAAAAGUACUUUAAAAGUAAAAUUCUCCUGAGAACACAGAAAUAAAUUAAAAUGCCUCCAGAAUGUUUAAAUUCACACAUCCAACAUUUGACAUAAAAACAAGAUCAACAUUCAAAAAGAACAUUUUUUAUUAUUUAUUGUUCUGCCGAGGUUUAAAGUUUCUUUGUUCAUCAGUUUCAGAACAUGAACAACUGGAAACUAGAAAUACGUUGAAAAUGAUUGAUUUCUGCCACAAUAGCACAGCGUAUGUAUGAAAAUCUACAUAAACAUACAGAUGCCUUCAUAUUGCACCUUCAGUUUACCAUCAACGGUGUUAAGUCUAAAAGGUUUUUCUGAUCACGUUUUAUUCAGAAACAUUAAAUCACUUAAUAAGUCCUUAAUAAUUCUCCAGAGAAAUCUAAUUUAAGUAGAGAAACCAAACUUUGCAGCACAGAUAAAACAAGUUCAUGAAAACGAAACAUAAAUGUUCUACAGAAACAGAAUUUACUGCCUGUUGCUGUUUGUUUUACAUGAUUAGAACCGUAAGCGUGAGACUUUUAACUUAGCAUAAAUGUUGAGAUGAAAGUUGGGCUAGAAAUCAGCCUCAGAAUCAAACUUUUACCACGUUUGCUUCACAUAAUAAUCUGUCUACAGAUGAGAAAUGUUACAAAAUGAGUCCUAAAUUAUCAUCAAACAGCCACUUUGAAUAAUAUUAACGAAUCACAAGACACGAUUGACAAAAACAAUUUGAACUGAUUGAUUACUUAUAGGAUCAGAUUGAUUUUAAUGAUAUGAUUGGUUUUUCCUUCUCUGUCCUUUUUAGAGACUUAAGUGUUUGUUUAGUUGCUUUCUGUGAAGGUUCAAAGGUCAAAAUCCUUUCUUUUUAUAAAUUAAAAGUCAAAACCUGAAGUCAUGAGCUGCAGUAAAAAGGUACUUUAACGUUCCUGUAUAACAAAUUAUUCAUGUUUAAAAUGAAGAUCAAAAUUGCAAGUUGGAAAAUGUAAUUUAUUAUUUUUUU